AUGCAUAAUUAAAUGAAAUAAAUUUAUGCAGUAGAUGAAACAAAAGGGUUCGUUUUUAUGAGUCUUUCUGAGAAUAUUGGCCAAAUUGUUAAAGUUUCUAACAACUUUGAAUAAAUAGUAAAAAUAUGUAAUAAUAAACAAGCCAUUGGUAAAAAUAUUAAUUUUCUCUAACCCAGUGUAAUAGCCAAAUGUCAUGAUUAAAUUUUGUAAAGUUUUCUAAAUAAAAGAAAUAAAAUCAACAAAACUGCCCAUCUUUAUCCUGCUAUCGGAAUCGAUUAGGAUUACUGGGCUAUACCAUAUGAUAUAAAACUUCAACCUUGCUAAUUAGAAAACUACAAUUUUGGUAUUUGUGGAUAAAUUAGUUAGAUAAAUGAUAACAAAAUGUAUAUUUUAGUUGAUAAGAAAUAAAAUUUUUAAAUAUCUACUGUUUCAUACCAAUUUUAUACAUAAAUCUUAGCUGAAUCAAUAACAAAAUAAAAUAUUUCUUAGAUAAGCCUCAGUUCUCUCAUUCCUUGUUUCCCUGCUAUAUUUCAUGUAUACCAAUAAAAUAUUAAAAAAUAAACUGAUGAUAAAUCAGUUGACAGAGAAUUCACAACAAUAUUGUUUAAACCAAACAGCUAUGAAUAAUUAAUUAAACUUUAAAGUCUGGUUUUUGAUUAUAAAAAAUCUAAUUAAUUGUUAGAUUAUUAAAUAUUUGGGGUUAAAGGAGAUAUUUAUCAUAUCUAGAAUGAACAUAUUGAAAUAGUUUAAAUUAAAAUAAAUGAAGUAGUUUAGAUAUUUGAUGAUAAUUUAAAAAUUGAACAAUUGAAUUAACUAUAAAAUUGGAUGGAAUUAAACAAACAUAAAGCAGAAUCAACUCCACAUUCUUUUAAUUAAAUGGCGAAUGAGUUAUUUAAUUAGCCCUCUGAAAAUUAUAAUAAUUAGGGUUUUGUUGAAUGCAGUCAAAUUUCUUAAGAAGGAGUGAAAGAAACAGUGAAUCUUAAAAAGAUUGAAUUCUAAAACUCUUUUGAAACCGGAGUUCUUCUAUCUCCUUAAUUAAGAUAAAAGAUUUUUUUAAGUGAAGAAAGAAUAUUUAAUGAGUAAUAUUUGUAAGAAAAUACAAGAUUGCUAUAGGCUAAUUCUAAUGCACAUAAAAAUGUUAGCAUAACUUAAAAUAAUAUUUAACUCAAUCCUUUAAAUACUGGAGAAAAAGAUUUAUAAUUCUACAUGAACAAUUAAGAAACAUAUUCUAUAAGAAAUAAUGAAUUAUAUUAAAUAAAAAAUAGUGAAUUAAGAUUUUUUACAACAUAUAGAGCAGGAUUUCAAUCUGAAUACAACACUUUAGAUACUCUUAGAAAUAAAUAGAGUGGAUUGAAUUAUUUUAUUGAUAAUUAAUAAGUAAAAGCAAACAAUUAGUAGAAUUGCUAAAAAUAAUUCAGUAGUGACAUUAAAGAAAGCUAAUUAUUUUCAUCUAAUGAAUAAUAAUUAGAAUUAAAAUUAGAAACAAGUAUGCAUUCUUCUAAAUAAAGCUCAGUUUUAAGCUUAAAUUUAUAAUUGUAAAACUAAAAAAACGAUUAUCAAAAUGUUAGUUGGGGUUCUUAAAUAAGAAGCCCAAUGGGAGAAGUACUUUCAGAUAAGCUAUUUGCACUUCUUAUCUAGAAUCCUCCAUUUAAUUUUUCUGGAUAAGAACAAAUUUAAUUAUUUAAAAGAAUUUAACAAUAAUAAAUAAAAAACUAUAACACUAUUAAAAACUUAAUGAUCAGAUAUAUUUAAUCUGAUAAAAGCAAAACAGAUCUUUAUAACUUCGUACUUGAUAAUUAGUUUAAUUAUGGAUUUUUCAAUUCAAAUUCAACUUCUUAUUCUAAGAAACUUCUAAAUUUUGGUUACUCUUUGUUAAUAAAUUUAGCUCAUUUGUUCUUUGUGAGCUAUAAUUAAGAUCCUCAAAGAUUAAACCAAAACCAAAUUACUUUAAAUUACAUUUCUAAUAAUAACUUAUUGUCUAACAUCACUCAAGAAGUUUCUAAUAAAGUAGACUAAACUUUUGAUUAAAACGAAGAAAUAGUUCUUACAUUUUUAAUAGCAAUUGCAAUAACUACUUUUAUAUUCGCCCUCACUUUUCCUAUUAUAAACUAUUACUUCCUGCAAAAGAUCUAGAUUAUAUUAAAAUUAUUUGCUACUCUUACACCAAAAAACUUAAUUUUUAUGAUUAAAGAAAUUACAAAUUGCUUACAUCUAAUAGAAUCAAAUUCAGUAAAUUAAGAUGAUAAAUUUAUACAAACAAAAAAUAAAAUAUCAAGCCAAUAAAAUAUUUAAAAAUAAAUUGAAGAUUAAAUUUAAAAAAAGAAAAAUAUAAGCGCUACAAAUAGUAUCCAUCAGUUUAAAAUUAAAGUUGCUAUCUUAUCUCUAUCUUUUUUCUUAUUGGCUUAAGUUGCCAGCGUGACAAAUUAUUUUUUACUAAAUAAUUUUAUAUAAUAGGAGAAAGCCAAUAGAAAAUUUAUAGAUGAUUUACUGAUAGUUAGUGAUUAUAAUGCUAUAUCUAAAGAUUAUUACAAUCUAUUCUUAAAUAAUGCAUAUUAAAAGCAAAAAUACCUUACAAUUUUGAAUGACUUGGUUAACUAAUUAUAUGAUUAGGAUAUAUAAUCUGAUUUUAAAGAAUAUUCUAUUCAAGUUUUCUAAUAAAAUGCUUGCUAGGCAGUUAGUGAAAACUAAAAUCUUAUAAGUGAUAAUCUAUUUUAAAUAGAAGAGUGCAAAUCAAUAGCAAAUGGUAUUUUUAACAAAGGGUUUAUUUAAGUUGCAUAAUUUUUAAUAAAUAUUUAUUCAUAAAGAGUUUCGGCUUUUGUUGAAAGUGAUUUAACUAAAUUUGUUUAGGAAAUUAUAACUUAAGAAAAAGAGUUUAAUAAUGCUCAAAAUUUCUAUACAAGAAUCUAUUUUUAAUAUGUAGUUGAAAGUUUGGUGUAGAAAAUGACAGAAAUAACAUAUAAUCACUAUGACAAUAUGAUUAAAAUCAAUUAUAUUUACUUAUUUUUAGCUAUAACUAUUGCUUAACCUAAUAGAUAUUUAAAUUAUUGA